CAUGGUAUCACCUUUUAGAAUUAGAAAAGUAUAUUUGUUUAUUAGAAGUUGAGUUAGCAAAAGAUAUUAAUUAUGAUUCUAAAAAGGAUUUUCGUUUAUUUGAAGAAGCAACACAAUAUCUUGGUGGCAGUAAUUAUGCUACAUAUAGUACACUAAAUCCUAUAAUGAUACAUAUUAUUAAUAAACUCAAACCUAUAUUACAACUAUCAGAAGAAAUUAAUAUUGAAAGUAUCAAGGAUAUUUUUUCAGAACUUGAAAUUUGUGAUGAUAAAAAUAAUCUAGAUAAACCUAUGCAAACAUUUGGAGUUUUAGAAAAAGUUAAAGAAAUAUUAUAUUAUGAUAAUAAAUUAUAUUUACCUUCUAUUCUUGAUCCUCAAGUUAAAAAGUUUGAUUUUGCAUCUGAUAAAAUAAAACAAGUUCAGGAUUUACUAAAAACUAAAUAUCACAAUGCAAAAGAUAAAUUAUUACUAAUUUCAACAACUAUGUCAUCAACUACUUCCUAUUGGAAUCAAAAUGCUCAUAGGUUUCCUGUUCUCAGCAAGUUAGCACAAUCUUAUCUUGCAGUUUCAGCAACUUCAACACCUUCUGAAAG